AGAGUGACAACUGACAAGGUAGUAUUCGUUAAUAACACGCAAUGCAACACACGAACUCCCUGUUUCACCAUCUUCAAUGAAGACUCUAAAUUUCCAGCACCCAGAUUUUCACUUUCUCUCUAAAAUUCCUUCAAUUCCUAAGACACCCAUCUACAUUUUGCAUUAUAAAUGCCUCUUAAAUCCUCAAAAAACCAUCUUCAGUUCUCUCAGAACUUCAUCCUCCACAAACUCAGCUGCCUCUUGCAAUGGCUGGGACGAUUACACGAUCUGGGUUAACUCAGACGAGUUGGGUGAGUCCACUCACUUAAAGAAAUUUCUAAUUUCAUUAGGGUUUAAUGAUAAAAAGUAUUUAUUUACAUGUAUACUGGGAUUUGUUUGUGCUUUAGCCAUUUCUAGGGUCAGAGUUUCAUCAAUCAUUGUUUUUCCUGCUGCUGCUAUUGUUUUUGCUAUUGGGUUUUCAUUUGGGUUUUCUAAUGGAAAAUCACAUAAAGGGUUGAGCUUAAAUGGGGUUAAAUCAAGGGUAAAGGAUGAUUAUUUUAGAGUUUAUGCUGAAAAAUUGAACAGUUUAAUUGAGAUUUUUGAUGGGUUUGAUGUUAAACUUAGUGAUUUGAAGGAUGAUAUGAAGCGUGUGAUUGAGAAUGAGAGGGUUAAUUUUAGUGAUUUGGAGAGUUAUGUGAAUGCAGUUGAGGUGAUUGGUGGUUUAGUUGUAAAUGCUAGGAAUGUGGUAGAAGAUGGUAUUGUUGAUAAAUCGGUUGAUGUGCAAGAGGUGGAAAAGAAUCCGAAGCAGAAAAAUAGUCGGAAAAAGAAAGAUACUGGUAAUACUGGCAAUAAAGGGUUUAAUUUAUUUGGAUUUAUGGGGAGUUUUGUUAAGGGAAAUGCUGGUGAUUCAAAGUCUAGCAGAAGUAAUCUUGUUAGCAAGGAUAUUCUGGCCAAGGAUGUAGGUAAUCAAUGCAAAGAAGAUUUGCGUGCUGCUGAAGGAGCAUUGGAUCCGGCACCCACUAUGGAUGGCAGCAUUUGCAGUAGGACAACUUCGGGUGAUGGUGAUAGGAAGAAUAGAUUAGAUGGUAGAGACCAUGAAACAAACAGGACUUUGCGAAAGGGAAAAAUGAAUACAAUGAAAGCAUAUAUGAAUACUGAAAAUUUUCUUAAUGCUGAUGAAUAUAAGUACGAAAAUAUAAGAUUUACAAGUAAUCAAAGAUUUAGUUUGAAUAUGUCAGCUCAUGAGGAAUUUGGAAAAUGGGCAUCUGAUGAUAGCAUAAGUAGUAAUACAGACUUUGACAUCUCCAAAGAACUUUCGGGAAAUGUGGAUUCUUUGAAUAAUCGACAGGUUUUCCAAAACUCUAAAGGAGCUUAUGAGUCCUCCGAACAAAGGGAAAGUAUUAAUUUUGGACGUUUUAGGGCAGGCAGGAGCGAAGAAAGGUUAAACAUAGAAGAUGAACUUCAUUCAAGGAAGUACAGAUCUCAAUCAGAAAAUGACAUAGGUUCCUUUACCUCAUCAGCAAUUUCAGAUGAUAUGUUGUUUGAUAAAUGCCUUAGAAAAGCUAAAGAACUUCUGAAACAAGCCAAGGAGUGUUUGAAGGCUAGAAAUGAUGAAAGUGUCGCAGAGGAAAUGCUCCACGAGUCUGCCAAGUUGCUCGGUCAAGCUAUUGCUUUAAAACCUAUGAGUUUACUGGCAAUAGGUCAGCUGGGAAAUACUUACCUUCUUCAUGGGGAGCUCAAACUGAAGAUUAGCAGAGAGCUGAGAGUUCUCCUUUCCAAAAGCGAUGAUCUUGGUGUAGGAAGGAGUAAUAUAUUUAUUCUAGAGGACACAUUUCCAAGCAAAGAUCGAAUAGAAAAUCUUCUUAUUAGUUCGUGCGAAGAGUCUGAAGCAUUUCUUGUUGAAGCAGGAAGGAAGUAUAGAAUGGCUCUGUCACUCGAUGGAAAUGAUGUGAGAGCCUUGUAUAACUGGGGGCUUGCCCUUUCCUUCCGAGCACAACUGAUCUCUGACGUUGGUCCAGAAGCAGCUCUUGAUGCUGACAAGCUGUUCAUGGCGGCGAUUGAUAAGUUUAAUGCUAUGAUGUCAAAAAGCAAUGACUAUGCACCAGAAGCUUUGUUCCGAUGGGGUAUGGCCUUGCAGCAAAGGUCUCGCUUGCGGCUAAGCAAUAGUGGUGAUAAGGUGAAGUUAUUACAGCAGGCUAAGCGGCUUUAUGAGGAUGCUGUCAAUUUAGGCUCCAAUAAUCUCCAAGUAAGAAAGGCCUUAUCUUCAUGCAUAUCUGAGCUCAACUUUACUGACAUAUAAUCUUCAUAUCAUACACAACACAAGCCAGGAAGUAGCUGAAACGUAGCAUCGUUCAAUCAUUUUCCAGUCCUAUCUACUGUGCUUCAGUUUCAUCAUGUGUGGACAUCUCCAUGUGAACAUUUAAUAUGAUAUGAAGCCAGAGAGAUCAAUUGUUUCACAUGGACUCACAGGAAGUAUAUAAUAAGACAGACAGAUUUUGAUUACUUGCGUGAUACGUCCUUUUGUAGUAGCGGUAAUAAAUGGUGGUUAUAAGAACGGACUUAUAUCAAUUUUUGUAAAUAAAAGUCUCAUGCCGAUGCUCAUGGUAACGGAACUGGAUCCCCAAAUAUAUGUUUUCUUCACACAUUUUUUUCCGUUACCACUCAUUUCCACCUUAAAGUGGUAACGGAAAUUUACAAAAAGGAAAGGAAUUUAGAUGAUUAAGCAUUACCAUGGACAUUAGUAUGAGACUUUUUUGACAAAUUUUAUAUAUGAGUUCAUUACUAUGGAUAUCAUUUAUUACUGCUUACACUUAGACACUUAGUGCAAUACAACCUGAGGGCCUGACAGCUGCUCGAGGUAAUUAACAGGGUAAAUUUGUGCAGAUAAAGAUUUUGAUUGCUAUACUGUAUGUCUGUAUUUAUAAUAGAAAGCAAGGACCAAACGUUUAACUUCACCUUUUCUUUCUUGGAGUAUUUUUACUACAGCUAUUUGUAUAAGAUACCUAUUAUUCUAUACAAUUUCUUUUAUACUUAUAUCAUCAAUAUUUAUUGAUUAUCAAA